AUGACGGGAGAUAUUGGCGAGAAGGGGAGUUGCACUACGUGUGCUUACACUGAGGUAGAUUUUAGCAACUAUUGGACGGCUGUGAUGUACUUCAGGCAUGAGAACGGGAGCUACAAGAGGGUACCGCAGUAUCCAAAUGCACAAUUGGGGUACGAGGGGCAGAACGCGACGGAUAUCAAGGGCGGGAUGACGAUCUACUAUACGCAGAAGGACUUUGAUACGAAUGGGGAUCAGUACAUCACUGCUUUUCAACCCGGCUUCCGCAUGACAGUCGGCAGUCCCACCAUUGACACGCUCGAUGGCUCAAAACCCGGCCUCCGAUACACCUGCCUCCAAACAAUCCUAACCCGCGGCUUCGAGACCCCUGACUUCCCCGACAAGCCCUGCCCCGCGGGCAUCAUGGCGAUCCACCACUUCCCCGCCUGCUGGGACGGCAAGAACCUCGACAGUCCGGACCACCAAUCCCACAUGUACAGCACCACCAAGGGCGGUUUCCGCGAAGCUGGGCCCUGCCCCGCCUCCCACCCUGUCCGCAUGCCGCAGCUCGCGUACGAAACGAUGUGGAAUACUACGGCGUUCAAGGAUAUGUGGCCGAAGGAUGGCUCGCAGCCGUUUCUGUGGAGUUAUAUGGAUAGUAAGGGAUACGGGACGCAUGCAGAUUACGUGUUUGGGUGGAAGGGGGACAGUUUGCAGAGGGCGAUGAAUGACAGUUGUAUGUUCCAUAAGUGUGGGAGUCCGGGGAUGCAGGGUGUGCUGAAGACGCAGACGGUGGCGGAGAUGAAUAAGUGUGCGGUGCAGAAUACGGUAGAAGAGAAUACGGAGGGGUGGCUGGAUGAGCUACCAGGGCAGAAGAUGGGAAUGGCCUUUAGGGCGUGA